GCCAUCUACUUCUACUGGCAUGAUCGCCGGCAUAGUUGCCGGCGUUGUCGUCGCCUUUCCCCCUCUUAUUUUCAGCGUGAUGGCCGCUUUCUUCAAACCACGUCUCCGCCGCAUACUUCUCAAGUGGGGAUUCAAACGCCUGGCCGACGGGAUCGUUCCAGGGCUCGGGGGGCGGAUUAGCAAAUUGGAGGCAUUCAUGGCGAAACAAAAACUCCCUCGCCUUCAUGGCUUCACCCCUGAGAUUGACCCGUCCGAGAUCACGAUAAACAAAGCGGACGUCCUCGGCACCGGAAGCUAUGGCACAGUGUACAAAGCUUCGCACAUAAGUGAGGAGGUCGCGGUCAAAGCGAUGUUCGAGAGUGCUAACGACCGACUCCCCGCGUACGCCGCGAAGUUACUGCGCAACGAAGCGAUGCUCAUGUGCUCGUUGAAUCAUACAAAUGUUGUCCGCAUCUUAGGCGCGGUCACUCAAAAAGACACGUACCUCCACGAUCCGGACAAUACACUGGACGCGAGUGACAAGGCGCGUCUCGCGACAGAAACAGCCACCGGCAUGGCGUACCUUCACAUGCGUGAGGUCGACAUCAUUCACGGCGACAUAAAAGCGGGGAACGUACUUCUAGUCUCGGACAAGUCCGUUCGGAUUUGCGACUUUGGUAUGGCCGAGGCGAAGAACCGUUCGAAAACGGUGACAUCUGCGGCCGCCGCCUCCAACGGGCGCUCAUCAGUCGCGCUCACCGUGUACGCAAAUUUAUUAUUAUUUUGA